AUGCGUAGGCCGCGGGGGCACUUCCCCAAGUGGGUGGUGGGAGCACGAGUAGGCAGCCACGGGCACGCGGGCAGACAUGCGCGACGCGCUGGUGGUAUCCAAUCGAUAUCAGCAUCCCACCCCAACCCCAUGCCGCAUCUCUAUUUAAUGGGGGCCAUAAAAAUAACUUUUAUACAAUCACUGGAAAGAGCGAAUGGCGACUUCGCUCCAAAUGGCUGGAAUGGAGGUGCUGGUCCGGGGUUAAAAUCCAUUCACCCACCUGUAGCGUCGGAGUGCUAA